AUGAUUCCUUCAGACUUGCAGGAUCUAGAGGAUUCCUGGAUAGAAGUCACUCCACAAAGUUUGGGUUACAACCCGAACAAUUCUAACUACUCAGGUUAUCAAGAACCUGGCGGUCUCCAUACCAUUGUUGAGGAGAAAUUACUUACUCGUUUCCUCUCAGAAGCCCAAGAACAUUCAGACAAAGUAAGUGAAGGUUCUCCACCUAGCCCAUCAUCACAUGACGAACUUCAUAAUGGUGAUGGAUUUGAACAAUAUCGCUCUACUCAUCAAAGUAUAAACAUGGCGAAAUUCCCUACUACGAGUUUUCCAAAUGACUUCCCAGUUACUAGCUCUGGAGAAUGGGCCAGUCGACCGGAAAUUGGAGCGUAUACUGGACUGGUUUGUCAGACAAACGAUUCUAAAGAAAGCUUAUCCGGUCGUCCUGUUCGCUCAUCCCCAAUGAAGGGCUGUUGGUAUCUACGCAACUCAGCUUUUAUGAAGUCGCGUUUCAUUGGAUGGUUGCUUGAUCAUAUUCCGAAUAUAUUAAGCCAUGCAACUACAUUCCUGUUGGGAGCAAUUACUAUGCUUUUAUUUAUUGGAAAACGUGCAAGAUCUACAAAAGUGUUAAAUAUACCUUUGGAUUAA